AUGGAGCCCGCUUGCGGGAGCGCAGGGGCGGCGUGUUUGUCCGGCGGCGGCGCCGCUGUGAGCGGCGAGGCGCCCAAACAUCUGUGGAGGCAGCAGAGCCCGGCAGCGCGCUCCCCGCUCCACCACGCGCUCCGAGUGCGCAACACCGACCGAGUCAGACAAAGAGGCUUUUCGGACACCGAGAGAUACCUCAAACCGAGAAACAUGGACCGGAGUUACGCAGUGGACACGGGCCACCGACCCGGGCUGAAGAAAUCCAGGAUGUCCUGGCCGUCGUCCUUUCAAGGUCUUCGACGGUAA